CCAAACACUCGGGACGAGUCAAUAAGCCGGGAGUUGACAUCGAUUUCUCCAUCAUUUAUUCGGGCUGAAUUGACUGAGUGGACUGGGCAGUUGUGUUUAAAAGGACGAUUGCCGCCUCACAGUUUAUUCUGUGGCACGUUCGGGUAUGCAACCCCAAUAAGCCCACCUAAAAACGGUACGUACAUGCUCAAUUACAUAACUGUAACACAGACACUUUCUAUCUAUGACGACAUACAAACAUCACAAUAGCGAAUUCGGUAUGUAAAUAGAAGCAACGGUCGAGUAUCAACCGAAUUGCGAUUGCAUGGUCUUAAAUACCUAUCUAAACAUUCGAGCUAGCUAGAUAAUUUAACAUAGAAUUUCAACUCAACAACACCUACUGCUUGUUCAAAUCAUCAGGAUGUCGGAGCAGCUCGUGUUCCAGCUAAGCGGCACAUGCAAUAAUUAUCCCUGGGGAAAGAAAGGGAAACAGUCUCUAGCGGCACAACUAUGCGCACAAACUCCCGGCAUUGACUUUCAUAUCAACGACGAUGAGUUCUAUUCCGAGAUGUGGUUUGGAGACUAUCCAGACUUCCCCGCUCGCAAGUUAGAAACUGGCGAGUUGCUAAGCGAGGUCCUCAAGCGCGAUCAAGAGCACCUCCUGGGGAACAAGGUCGUUGAGAAGUUCGGUAGUGAACUACCAUACUUACCAAAGAUCCUGUCCAUUGCAAAGGCCCUACCGUUACAGCUUCACCCAAACAAGGAGCUCGCCACUAAACUUCACGAGAAAGAUCCAGAGAGCUUCACUGAUCCAAAUCACAAACCUGAGAUUGCGGUGGCGUUGUCAAAAUUUGAGGUAUUCGCAGGAUUCAAACCGCUAGAUAAGAUAGCGCCCCUAUUCAAGCUAGAACCACUCCAGGAAUUCAGUCCGGAGCAGCCAGAUGAAUGGACAGACGAGACUUUACGGGAAGUCACCAGGAAUCUGCUCAAAUCCGACCUCGAAACGGUUAAGAGGGUGCAAACGGAGCUGUCGAAGAUUCCAAAGGAUCAAUUAGGCGAGGAGGCCUACAUUCUUGAUCUUCUCCCUCGUCUUCAAGGCCAAUACGGGCCGGAGGACGCAGGUAGUCUAGUUGCACUUCUAUGUAUGAAUUUCUUGGUUUUCGAGCCCGGAGACGCAGUAUGGAUUCCCGCAGACGGCAUUCACGCAUAUUUGGCCGGCGACAUAGUCGAGUGCAUGGCCCGGAGCAACAAUGUGCUUAACACCGGCUUCUGCCCGCCAGGCGAUCGUAACAACGCCGACACGUUCGCGAACACGUUAACCUUCAAAGCUCAUAGCAAAGACGACGUCUAUCUCCCUAGCCAGAAGUCGGAGAAGAGUAAAAAGGGCAAGACAGUAGUCUACAGGCCACCAAUGAGUGAAUUCGACAUGCUCAAGACCGAUCUAGGCUCAGGAGAAGGCGAACAGCUUACCCCGAGCGAAGGACCAGGCGUAAUGAUCGUGACUUCGGGGUCUGGGGUGAUGUAUGCUGAAGGAAAAUAUCACCAGUUAAAAGAGGGUUUUAUCUACUUCAUUGCGCCAGGUGUCCCAAUCGAGUGGGAGAGCCAGCAGGGGAUGCAGGUCCAUAUGGCUGUCGUAUAGAAUAUAUUAUGGCAGACGCUUAUGUCGUCUGGGGUUACCUGGCGAUGUCUUACAUCAGGUACGAGUUGCCACAUACCUUAUAUAAUCCGACGAAAAUAAACCACCUUGGUCCCACUACCGUCGUACGAUGCAUAGCGGUCGUGUUA